AUGCGUAUUCUACAUAAAUGGAAGAAAACUGCUGAAGAAUUGCCGCGCUUUUGGUUUGUUGAUCGUUUACAUCAUGUAGUCAAUGCAAGAGCAUCGUUAGAUGAAACGGAACGUCGCAUUGAUCUCCUUCAACUAAUGCUCGAUGUUGCUACUUCAAAUGAAAUCAAGGAUGAUAAUAAUAGUGAUGUCAUACCGAAAAAGCUUCAGUAUGAAGAAGUCGUCAAUAAUGCAUUUUUGUUUAUGAUUGCUGGUUAUGAAACAACAUCAACGGCACUCACCUAUUGUACGUAUAUUUUGGCAACACACCCUACUGUUCAAGAAAAACUUCGUAAAGAAAUUGAAGAAUAUCCAGAUAACAACGAAAGUGACUAUGAUCGAGUUCAUAAUAUGGUCUAUCUAGAUUCGUUUAUACGAGAAGUUUUACGAAUGUUUCCUAUUGCACCUAAAGCUACAACAAGGGAAUGUAAUACAACAACGACUGUUUGUAGUUACGUCAUAGAAAAAGGAAGUGUCAUUCAACCGGAUAUGCUUUCGUUGCAUUAUGAUCCAAAUUUAUGGGGUCCUGAUGAUCCAAAUUUGUUUAUACCUGAACGACAUUUGACUCGACGACAUCCAGUUGCAUACAUGCCAUUUGGUCAAGGUCCACGCAAUUGUGUUGGAAUGCGAUUUGCACUAAUGGAAAUCAAAUCGUGUUUGGUUCAUCUUCUUACUCAAUACAUUAUCUUGCCUGGUGAUGAAAUGGAACAAAAAUUCAAAAUUCUUGAUGUACAUUUCGUUCGUCAGCCAGAAGCUCUCUAUAUUAAGCUUGCAAAACGCUUUUGA